AUGCUCACACUGAUAUGUAAGAUCAGCGAUGCCCUGCGGGAGAAAAGGUACAUUAUGGUGGUUGAUGAUAUAUGGGAUGUGAAAACAUGGGAUGUCAUUCGACACGCAUUCCCCAUGACCAGUUGUGGAAGUAUAAUAAUCACCACUACUCGUGUCAUUGAUGUCGCGUAUUCAUGUCGUUCAUCAAUUGGCGGACAUAUAUACAAUAUAAAACCUCUUAAUAUGGUGCACUCAAAACAGUUAUUUCAUAGAAGAUUAUUCAACUCCGAAGAAGAUUGCUCUUCAUCUCUUGAAAAAGCUUCUGAUCAGAUUUUGAAGAAAUGUGGUGGAUUACCUUUGGCCAUCAUUGCUAUAUCUGGUUUGUUGGCCAACACAGAAAAAACAGAGCAGCAGUGGAAUCAAGUGAAAGAUUCGAUUGGCCGUGCACUUGAAAGAAAUCCCAGUGUCGAAGGAAUGAUAAAGAUAUUGUCACUUAGCUAUUAUUAUCUGCCUCCUCGUCUGAAAGGUUGUCUUCUGUAUGUAAGUAUAUUUCCAGAAGACUCUUGCAUUCACAGGCACAUGUUGAUAUGUAGAUGGAUUGCCGAAGGACUCAUUCACAAAGAAGGCAAAUAUACAGCAUACGAGAUAGGAAAGAGAUGUUUUAAUGAGCUCAUCAAUAGGAGUUUGAUCCAACUCGUAUUGUUUGAUAAAUGUGAAGAGGUGUGUGCUUGUCGAGUUCAUGACACAAUUCUUGAUUUCAUAAUAUCCAAGUCCAUUGAAGAGAACUUUGUUACUUAUGUUGGUGUCCCCGGUUUAACUACCCAGACACAAAGCAUAGUUCGUCGGCUGUCCAUACAAGUUGAAGGGGAAGGAAUUUCUGUUGUGCCGACAGGCCUGUCACUGUCCCAUGUUCGAUCACUUAAUGUGUUUGCGGAUAGAGUGGAAAUCCCUUCAAUGAUGGAGUUCAGGCAUUUGCGUGUUAUGGACUUUGAAAAUUGCAAACAAUUGGAAAACCGCCAUCUUGCUAAUAUAGGGAGAUUGUUACAGCUAAGAUACCUCAACAUACACAUAACACAUGUAAAAGAUCUCCCAGAAGAUAUCGGACAUCUACGGUACUUAGAGAUAUUGGACAUAAGUGCUAUAGAGUUAAACGAUUUACCAGCCGGCAUUGUCAGUCUCAGGAAAUUGACACAUUUAUUUGUUCACGAUAGUGUUAAGUUUCCUGAUGGAAUUGCAAACUUGCAAGCCCUAGAGACAUUGAAAUGGUUGAGGGCCUCCGUGCAGUCAUACAACUUUCUGCAAGAGCUUGGGCAGCUAAAGAAUCUGAGGAAGCUGCAUUUUUCUCAUUGGCAAGUCGCCCAAGAGCACAAGGAAGUUAUUGCUUCUUCUCUCCAUAACCUUUGCGCACAGAACCUUCGUUCUCUAACUCUGUCGUGUGCUGGUGACAGCACAUUAUUGAACACAUGGUGUACCUCCCCGCAGCUUGAUCUCCAGAAACUUUUUAUCCAGCACUCAAGCUUCACGAAGGUUCCGGACUGGGUGGGAUCGCUGAUGAACCUGCAGAAGUUAAGCUUAGAAUUGGAGAGUAUCCAGCAUGAAGAUUUGUGCUUGCUUGGAGCCUUACCCGCUCUGCUCACUCUGGAACUAACAUUGAAAUCUGAGUCUCAUUGUGAAGAUCGAAAGCUGACAAUCAGUCGUGAAACUGGCUUCCGAUGCCUGAGAGUGUUUACCUAUGUGGUACCGGAUGAGACGAUGUUCAGUCUCAUGUUUGGAGCAAGAAGUAUGCCCAUGCUACAAAAGCUGACGCUUUUUAUUGUUGACUGUCUUGACAUUGAGUAUAUUAGCAGUUCUGGUGCUUUGGAUUUCGGGAUCGAGAAUCUCUCCAGCCUCGUUAGUUUCAGAUGUGAGUUCGAUUGCCCAGAUGCCGUAAAGGCUUCCGUGAAGAGAAUGGUCAGCGCACAUCCCAAUAACAACCUUACUCUAAUCUUCAACUGUCAAUUCUGCUAA